AUGUCACAAAUAGAUGAAAAAUCUGCAUCAUCAUCAGUAGAACUAAAAGCUCAAACUGCUUUUGAUGAAAUAAAUAAACGUGCUAAAAAUCAACCCGUUCUUGUUAAAAAAAUAGGUGCUAUUGUUUUAUUUGAUAUAACUAAAGAUGGAAAAUUUGAAAAAAGUUGGACUAUUGAUGGUAAACAAGGUAUUAUUUAUGAAGGAAAACCAAAUGAUGAUACUACAGCUCAAGUAACAAUAACAGUUGAUGAUAAUGAUUUUUUUGAUUUAGCUUUAGGAAAAGUGAAUGCACCUGUUCUUUUUGCUAAAGGAAAACUCAAAAUUAAAGGCAAUGUUAUUUUACAGAAAGUUAAUUCAAAUGAUAAUACACAUAAUAAACAUAUAGUAAAAGUCGAUGAAAAUUCGAAUAUUCUUAAUAGAACAAUUGAAACACAAAAUCAUAUCAAUACUAAAGAUGAAUCUUAUUUAGUAUCGGAAAGUAAUAAUAUGUCAAAUGAAUAUGAUAAAUCUUGUAUAGAAAGUUCGUGUAUUAUUAAAAUUGAUCCAUCACAUGAUGAUAAUGAGAAGAAGUUGAUUGACGGUGAUACUAUAGAACAAACUGAUUUAGAUGAUUUUAAUUCAUCAAUUAUCAAUCGAAAUCUAUCAUCAACAAUAAUACCAACACAAUUUGAUUCUAUUGUUGAACAUUAUAAUGAAGAUUAUUCAGAUGAUAUUCAACAAACAACACAAUUAGUCAGAUUAUGUUGUGAUCGUGAAAUAGUCGAUGAUUCAAAUAAUCUUCAUUCACGUUUAUUUGAUUUAAGUAAAAUGAAUCAUGUUGUAACACAAUUUAAUGAAAAUGGAUAUUUACUCAAUGAAUUUACACGUCAAUUAGAUAAAUUAAAAAUCAAAACUGAUUAUAUACUUCGAACUACUGAACAUAUUCCACGUGAUGCUGAAUUACUUGAAGCACGAUAUUCAACAUUGUUAUCUACAAUAGAAACUCUUUCAUUGUUAUUAAAAAUAGCACAAAUUCCAGCAUGUCGUUCUCUUAUAAAUCGUCUUAUUUUUUCAAUUGAACAACGUAUGGAACAACUAAAUAAAUUUGUUCAACUUGCAUCAUUAUCAUUAAAUAAUAGCCGACAACGAACAGAUAUAAAUGAUGAAGAUUUUUUAUCAUUUCGUAGUGCCUUAUCAUCAUAUGAACAACUUUUUAAAAUAUCUUAA